CGGCUAAUUUUUUUUUUUUUUUUUUGUAUUUUUAGUAGAGACGGGGUUUCACCGUGGUCUCGAUCUCCUGACCUCGUGAUCUGCCCGCCUCAGCCUCCCAAAGUGCUGGGAUUACAAGCGUGAGCCACCGCGCCCGGCCAAGGCUGUUAUUUAUUAAGUUUCUCUGAUGCAUCAACCAUUUUUAUCUCAUUGUUUACCCCUCAACAACCCCAUAAGUGACUCUAUUGAAGUAUAAUUUACAAAUUAUUAAAUUCACCCAUCUCGAGCGCACAAUUCUGCACUGUUUUAAGAAACUGAAUGAGUUGUACAGUCAUCACUACCACACAUCAUCUGUCAAGAGAAAGAAGCACGGAAGAGUCAUAAUUGUGUCUUGAUUUAUAAAUCGGAGACAGAGGGAGACGAAAACCACACUCCAGAAAGUAGCUUAAUCGGACUGACUACUAAGAUGUUAAAAGUGAAGAGGCUGGAAGAAUUCAACACGUGUUACAACAGCAAACAGCUGGAGAAAAUGGCCUUUUUUCAGUGCAGGGAAGAGGUGGAGAAAGUGAAGUGUUUUCUGGAAGAAAAUUCUGGGGACCAGGAUUUAAGACCUGGACAUCAUGAGGCGAAGGAGGUGUGGUCAAACGCCGACCUGACGGAAAGGAUGCCCGUCAAAAGCAAAAGGACAUCAACCCUCGCAGUUGACAUCCCGGCUCCUCCGGCCCCAUUUGAUCACCGUAUUGUGACAGCCAAGCAAGGAGCGGUCAACAGCUUCUAUACUGUGAGCAAGACAGAAAUCCUAGGAGGAGGGCGUUUUGGCCAGGUUCACAAGUGUGAGGAGACGGCCACAGGUCUGAAGCUGGCAGCCAAAAUCAUCAAGACCAGAGGCAUGAAAGACAAGGAGGAGGUGAAGAACGAGAUCAGCGUCAUGAACCAGCUGGACCACGCGAACCUCAUCCAGCUGUACGAUGCCUUCGAGUCUAAGAACGACAUUGUCCUGGUCAUGGAGUAUGUGGAUGGUGGGGAGCUGUUUGACCGCAUCAUUGAUGAGAACUACAAUUUGACGGAGCUUGAUACCAUCCUGUUCAUGAAGCAGAUAUGUGAGGGGAUAAGGCACAUGCAUCAGAUGUACAUUCUCCACUUGGACCUGAAGCCUGAGAAUAUCCUGUGUGUGAAUCGGGAUGCUAAGCAAAUAAAAAUUAUUGAUUUUGGAUUGGCCAGAAGAUACAAACCCAGAGAGAAGCUGAAGGUGAACUUUGGAACCCCAGAAUUUCUCGCCCCUGAAGUUGUGAACUAUGAUUUUGUUUCCUUUCCCACUGACAUGUGGAGUGUGGGGGUCAUCGCCUAUAUGCUACUUAGCGGUUUGUCCCCUUUUCUGGGUGACAAUGAUGCCGAGACGCUGAACAACAUCCUGGCCUGCAGGUGGGACUUAGAGGAUGAAGAAUUUCAGGACAUCUCGGAGGAGGCCAAGGAGUUCAUCUCCAAGCUUCUGAUUAAGGAGAAGAGUUGGCGAAUAAGUGCAAGCGAAGCUCUCAAGCACCCCUGGUUGUCAGACCACAAGCUCCACUCCAGACUCAAUGCCCAGAAGAAGAAGAAGAAUCGUGGCUCUGAUGCCCAGGACUUUGUGACCAAAUAGUCUACAGGAGGCACCCAUUUGGAAGGAAAACUGCUGUGGUUGCUGCUGCUGCUUCGAGAAAGUUUUUUGAAAAAUCAGCAGUUCUGAUGCCUUGACCCCCAUGAUGACUGGUAGUCUUAGCAGGGGGAGCGCUCGACCCUGAAUUUGAACUUGAACUGGAGUGCCUCUGCUGCGCUCAGAGGAACACCCAGCGCUGCGGUCUGGUCUCAGGGCGCAAACACAUCCCUGCACCUGGUGGGAGUGAAGUUGGGAAGAUGUUUCCCUGCCAUCUUGAGAUUUUUUACUUUUUUUAAAAAAUUUUUUGAUCUUAGUCACUGGGGCAGGGGGUGCAUUAUGUCUGCUAUUUCUCAGAUGACUACAGCCAUGACACUUGAGAUGUAUUGGAGAUUUUAAAACUGGAGGAUGCAUUUAGAGGGAGAAAGCUACUUCCAGCCAUUAGACUAUGCCUUUCGAAGGGGCAAUUAGAUGGCCAGAAAAAAUUCUACCUCCCAUGCACCCUUGAAGACUUAGUUUCUCAGACUCUGUCAUUUUGAUUUGGUCUGUGGUCACAUGACUACAAUGGAUAAAUAAUUUGUUUGCUGGAACAGAAGCCAUCUUUGAAUUCUCCAACAAGAGGCAUCAGCCACUGUGUCUUUCAUUUAUUCUGAACUGUCCCCAGCACAUGUUUUCUUCCAUGUAGCUGAUUCUGUUUUUCACAUCUAUACUCCCUGCACCCUUCUGACUGACAGUUCAUUCCCACAAAACACAUUGGUCUUGAGAGAUGAUGCAAAAAGUAUCUGCUUAUGGUUGGUCUUUGAAAUUCUGACCUUUGGAAUAAUGUCAACAGUCGCAAGAGGUUUCCUCAAGCCCCAGUUGUCAACGAAAAGAGACAGAUCUGCACCUCCUGGAGCAAGAUAGCACUGAGCUUUCAACGUUGAAGUGACUUGGGAAAUAACAUUCAAGCUUCUGGGUAAACACAAACAUUGGCAAAGACCAAGUGCAGUCUCUCGCCUGUGCUGUCUCACGGGACUCAGUGGUGGUGAAGAAAUCUCAAUCGGACACCAGAGGUGAGGGCAACUCUGCAAGCUCACCUGCUGGAUGUGAGAAUGUUGGAAUGUUCCAGCUGGAAGGUUCCUAUGCCUAGCCCAUGUGCCAUUUCAUGGCAGAUAUGUAAGAAAGGAAAUGGCCGUACUGUAGACAGCUUAUGGGGCCCAGAAAAGCACUGGGCUUUAAGGAGCGAAACGAGUGUGUCAUUUCCACAUGAAGGAGAGGCAAGGAAAAGCCCCACAAAAUUCCCAUUAUCUGCUCAACUCCAAGCUCACCAACCAGCUUCAUGAGCUUUCCUCACGUUUUCCAUUUCCAAAUAACUGUUGUGUUGAAUCAGCUGUGUUAAUGCCUUUAUUCUUUGUUUGUUUUUUUGUUUUAGACAGAAUCUCGCUCUGUCACGAGGCUGGAGUGCAGUGGCGCCAUCUCGGCUCACUGCAACCUCCGCCUCCCGGGUUCAAGCGAUUCUCCUGCAGCCUCCUGAGUAGCUGGGAUUACAGGCGCGCGCCACCACAUGCGGCUGAUUUUUGUAUUUUUAGUAGAGAUGGGGUUUCACCAUGUUGGCCAGGAUGGUCUCAAUCUCUUGACCUCAUGAUCUGCCCACCUCGGCCUCCCAAAGUGCUGGGAUUACAGGCGUGAGUCACUGGGCCCAGCCAAUGCCUUUGUUUGUAUCCAUCCGCCCUUCUAAGCUACUGUUGUCACAAUAGCAAUGAAAGGUAUAAGAAUUACUUGGUGGCCUCAUGAGGGAUGGCAGUUUCACUUUGCAUCAGCUUUCCCCCAUUAUCUCUCAGAUCCACUUAAGUAAUCCUUACAGCAUGCCAUGAAUGUGUGCAGCAUCCUUAUUCUCACCUUUAAGGUAAGGAGGAAGUAGAGAUAGAAGGAAAUACGUGAUUUGGUGAAGGCCACAUGCAAAUUUUGUGGUCGUGUUAGUGAUAAAACUGACUCCUUUCCAGCGUUUGCUCUCACAUUAUGAUGCAUUUCUUUUUCUCCUUUGGCCUUGCAUUUAUCCAAGGUUGGUUUCUUACAUUCCUGUUAUGUGACUAUGCUUCAAAUGUGUAAUUUAGUUUACUUAACACACGCACACACACACACACACCCCUGUGACUGGAGUGUUAUAUUACUAUGCUAUCUUUAGCUGAUGAUAUUCAUUGAGCCUGGAAAAAUACAAGCCAGUGCAUGCAUUAAUACUUAGACCACAGAGAGCUGGCAUUCACUCAAAUGCUAAACAGGACACAAGGGUCUGAUUUGAAGCCCCUCAUGGAAGGGCGUUUCCGUCCUGUGGUGUGCAUUCUCUACCAAAUCGAGCAUGAGAUCUUUUGCACGACGUGCAAUUUGCAUCCACCUUCCCUUCUGACUCACGUUGGCAGAUAAACUGUCCCCAGACCCUGCCACGCAUGGAAGAGACAGCUCAGGCCAAAUACAGGCAUGAUUUCUUUGCCAAGUUAAUCCACUGAUGACCCUGCAGUGAGUGGGUGUGAUUUUUGUUUUGUUUUGAGGUUUAGAAAGGAGACUCUACUUUGAAAAUGGAUCUUGUUUGAUUCUGUAGUUAAAUUUCCACAUUUGGAAUGGGAAGGCAUCUCCAUGCCAGCAGGGUGCCUUUUAUACGAGUGCUGAGGGUAGUUUGCAUUGCAGAGUUCAUGAUUACGGUCUAGAGUUACUUGAAAUGGGAGAUUAUCAGUCUAGUGUUCAUCCCGCCCCUGCUCCCUGUCCUUGUGUGGCUGCUCCAGCGAGGGCUGGUAACUAGGUAGAUUGCUGCUCUAAUGGGAAAAGGGGGCUUUGCAAAGCCGAGGAAUCAAGCCAGAUGCGAGCAUGGACUCAGAAAAGCUGAGUCUGGCUAGACCAGGGCUAUGGAGAUCAAUUUUUCCAACAGGUCAUUAGGAUUUGGGAGGCUGUAUUUCUCCUCCACCCUCUUAAUGGAUGCUAUGGCUUUGCUCACUCACUAGACAGUUCCCACUUUCUUUAGCAAAUGGAGGAAAUUAAGCACCGAUAUGGCACUUCCCACUGCCUGGAGAGAAAUAAAUCUCGCAAGUUAUUAAGGAGAAGGCAUGCCACAUUGGUAAUUUGGAAGACACCAACACCCAGAGAUCUGCUGCUAUUUAAAAAUCAGGGAGAGGAGGGCACAUGUCCACAUUUGCUACAUUACAAACUUUGGACGAGACUCUCAUCUGAACUAACUUGGGGAAACAAUUUCUAGGUUGAAGCUGGUAACACUCGUGUCUGUUGAGUGCCAUAAGUUUGUUUUCAGUUAUUUCCUCUAACUUGAUAUUAAUUUGCUUUCUUUCCUCAAAAAUGUAAGUAGGCAUGUUGCCAUUGUUGUGGCUUGCUUUGAUGUAUGUUUGGAAAGAUGUGUGAAUACUUAAUUUUUAUCCAUUUUAUGGAAAUUAGCUUAGCAAUUUUUUUUUCUCUUUUAAGAAUCAAAAUAUGGAUUUGAUACUAGGAACAGAAUCUGCUCUUUAUUUCAUUCCUUUUUUGUCCCUUGUGCUUCCUCUGCCCCUCCCCCAGCCACGCGGCACGGGUGCCAGUGUGCAUGCGUGUGCUGGGUUAGUUUGUGCUGGGGGCCAAAUGACAGAACCCCGGUCGAAAAUCCACUUGUAAAAGCACAAGUGAGAGGCAGCAUCAGGCCCCCAGAGGGCUGUGGUCCUCGGACUCGGUUCUUUCCUGUCCCCUGGCUGCCCUGUCAUCCCUGUGUGCUGCAGCAUCACCACGGCCCACUUCUCAAUAUCCACGAAGCUUCGCCUUUGCUGUUGCACUCUCUUUUACAUUUUUUUACUUCUUUCCUUUUUCUUAAGUUAGAAUCCAAGUUUGUCUUCUUAUCCAUCACCAUGUUCCCUGAAAGCCUUUUUGAGGUUAAGAAAUUUUCUUACCAGGAGGCAAUUUUCCGUCUGUCCUAAAGGGAAGUGGGUGCUGGAUUUAUUAGAUGUAGGUUCCUGGAUUAAGAUGACUUCCUCGCAUAGCUUGGAGUCUGCAGUUUCUCUAUUAGAAGUGUUCUGUAUUUCUUUUUGCUCCAUUUUAGUGGGCCGUGCUUUGUAUAAGUGGUCUUUCUAUGGGCAGUUUCACCUUCCAUGAAGGCUUAUAACUCAACCGCUACUACUCAUCCAGAAGAGCAGAAAGCAUCUGCUGUGUGAGAGUUCAUACGUUGCCUAAUGUGUAUUUUGCUGUCGUCUCAGCUGGUAGAUGUCAGUGAGUCUUUCUGACUAGGUUUGUUGGUGUUGAUAAGAAAUUAAAAAAAGGAUUCAUAAUGUGGUGAUGGUGUCUAUCAUGUAUAUUUUAAAUUUCUGAAUGUACUUUCAUUUAGCUGUUUUUCUUUGCUUUCUAAAGAUGUAUAACAGUCAUGUAUAUGUAUUUUAUUGAAGAAUAAACAUGGACCUUAUUUAUCUUUUGA